GCCGCGCCCUCUUCUUAUCCCCCGGCGCCUCCUCAUACGUCGCUCCCGAUUCUCCCCGCGCCAGACAAAAACGUCUGAAAAGAACUCGCAACCAUGGAGGAGAGAAUCCUCCAACCAAAGGCCGAACCAGAAGCCAUCGCCGAGGCGCCCUCACCGCCGCAAGUGCCCUUCUCCGACGACGCUCCCGGGCUUUCCUCGGCGGACGUGGAGUCCGACGAGGAGGGGUUCGAGUUCGAGUUCCCGUCCAUCAGCAGGGACUCCCCCGCGGGCACCGCCGCGUUGGCCGACGAGCUCUUCGCGGACGGGCGCAUCAGGACGUUCUACCCGGUGUUCGGACGCCGCGGCGGUGUUCACAGCUCUGUCGACGGCCCGACGCAGCCAGCUCCGGCGGCGGCGUUGCGGGUGAGGGGGCAACUAGGACGGCUCUUCCUGGAGGAGUCCCGCUCGCGGAACUCGUCCACCAGCUCGACGACGUCCACGGCCUCCUCGUCGUCGUCCGCGGCGACGGACGACGACGGGGGCGGCCUGGAGGGCGCGUCGCCGGAGAGCUACUGCCUGUGGACGCCCGGCUCCUCCGCGUCGGGGACGUCUUCCCCGAGGCCGCCCAGGAAGAGCAGCUCCACGGGUUCCAUGGCGCGGUGGCGCCGCAUCAGCGAGCUCGUCGUCGGCCGCAGCCACAGCGACGGCAAGGAAAAGUUCCUGUUCCUCCCCACGCCACCGCACAAGGCGCCCAACAAGGACAAGCCAAGGCCUAAGCCGAGUCCUGCUGGCGGCAGGAAGGGUUCCACCACCCCCGCCGCAGAGGCCGACACGGUGACCGCCGUCCACCGGAUAGCAUACAUCGCGAAGGGCGGCAGCGGCGGCGGCGGCACGCCGCGGCGCACGUUCUUGCCGUACCGGGAGGAGCUCGUGGGCUUAUUCGCCAACGUGAACGGCAUCAGCCGGAGCCACCACCAUCCCUUCUGACUUCCAAUACAAGUAUUAAUUAGCGCAUGCGACCGAAUGCCGUGGGUUCGCCGCCACCGCGCUCUCACGGCGCCGGCGACGCCAGAUGGUCAGGCUUGGGCGCACCCUGGGGCGGCGCUCGCUACUUGAGUUGACGGUGCUAUCUUUAACUUGAGCUUUAUAUGAUGUUCUUAUCGGUAAUGGUUUAUGCACGCACGUUAAUUAACUUCGUCGACAGGCAAAAAUUCGAGGGAAAAAUACAAAAGAGAAGAGAGCUCGUGAUAGUGAGUAGCCGAUUUACGCUAUACGCUGUGCUUGUUGCUAUGAGAUUACUACUAGCCGAGAUUUACGCGGUUCAUAUCUUCAUAAUUGGGAGCAUGAUUUAUGCAUCUGUGCUACAAAAUUGAUGUGAUCUCUCCUAACGGAGCACCGGCGCUGGAAAAUUAGCUAACCAUCAUGAUGAUUGACGAAGUGGUAGCGGACGUGCUGUUCGUUUUAAGCUGCUUAAUUUGAAAUUUGGUGUUUCGUUACGUAGCUUUCGUCCCAAUCUUGUCUGCAAUUAUGGUGCCGAUGAUUUCUAGUUUUUUUCACGUGUUCAAGUAGUGUUCUAGAAAAAUUUGCAGGUCAGCCCACAACUCCUGAUCAGCCUGAUAGAUCCCGUGAUCAUACUAUGUUCUCCAUAGAGAGGUUUCACUGUAAGUUGCUUUCAGGUCUUAAUCUCGAGCAAGCCAACACUAGCUGGAAGCAGUAAAACAGGUGAGGCAUUUUGCUUCUGGAACACGCCCAAUCGACCGGUAACCGGACUUGACUCUUCAUCCAUUUCCGUUUAGUUUCGCGAUUUGCGUCGCUUCUCCCAGCAUGUUCCGUGUGGUAUUCUUUUCAGAAACGAAAGCAAUGGAAACUUCAAAUAAUGAAAUGGCGUCACGCUCGAUCUUAUACUCCUAUUAAAGGGUGUUGCCAUUUAACAGGAUCAUGCUUUUUUAUUUUUUUCUGACGACUCAUAACCUAUCUUUAACCUCCAAUUAACGACCUCUGUUGGAUCUCGCUACGCCCGCAGCCUUUUUUCAACGGAUGCCGGCUCGCUUCCCCGCCUCUCGGCUAUCCCCAGCGAUGACCCUGCCACCGGAUCCAAGAUUGCAACCUCUCACUAGCUAACAACUUGUUUUCACACUCCCACAGCCCAACACUAGCCCACCAGAGAUCCUCUACCUCUUAAGGUCGGUGACACCUUGCCGCUCCGCCCCACACUUGUCUCCUACACCGGCCAACCUCCCUCCCCUAAGAGCCACAGCUUCAUAUAGGAUGAGAUAAUGCGGAAAAAAGUAUACAAGUCCAUCCUUGUAAUUCCAUGGAUACAUAGCAUAGCAUGCAUAGUGUUGCCAUCCAGAGAUAUAUAUGUAUAUUAGGACUUGAGAUUUCUCUUGGUGUCAAGUCAUAUCGAUUCAAGCUGCCUAACACCUAAUGUUAGGCUACCGGUUUGACGCUCUACUAUAUUGGCGUGUAUGUUGAAGUUCUGGCCCUCUCCAGUCCUCUCAUCUGGACUUCCAUAAUGUCGGUUGGCCUGUAACUAUUGCACCAAACCAGACAGCCGUCGUAAUUUGCGGUGCAUGAUCCACUGAAUAAUUGCUGCAAAUGCAUCUACUCUCUAAAGAAUAUUGCUGCAUCGCAAUGCAUCUACUCUCGACGGAAGCAUGAUGCGAGUCAAACGCAACUCUGAAGUCUGAAACUCUGAGUAGAGUAGUAGUACAACUAGUCAAGUCAAUGCCAACCAAAAAAGCUCCAGACAUGUCGUUAAUCAAAGCCGGGCAAGAAAGAGAGAUCGUAUUUUGGACUGGUUAGGUCUGCAGCUCCGGUUCAAUUUGUCUCUUGUAUGGUGUAGAGUUAGGUUGGUUAUUGCUCGAGAAUCAAGGCUAAUGCUUGACUUGUGGGGUCAAUGGAGAUAGUUGUAUCCUCUAUUCAUCAUGGAGUAAAUUUUAGGUUUGUUUCUUACAUGUCUAAAUGAGACGGAAUUUUCUUGGUAGGAAGCAUACGUAUCAAUAGCAAGUUGUCUGCAGUGACUUUAUCGAUGACUAAGAUUCACAUCUUCGAUCGAUGUGUGUGAGUGCACGCAGUAGUGUUGGUGCGUUGGAUGAUGUGUGUGAGUGCGUGCUGUAGUGUGAUGCGUUCGUCUGUGUGUACUGGGGUUUCUUAAAAAAUAAGGUUAGUUAUUGCUCGAGGUGGUUGGCAUUAGAAACAGAGGAAAAGGUGAAAGGGACCAAAGCUACAUACCCUUCAGACUUGAGCCCUCAUGAUCACGGAUCACCACAUGCCUGCCGAAACACAAAUGCGUUUUCUUCAGCUGCUGCGCGCUGCUAGCGACACGGACGAAGCAUAUAAGCUGGUGCAUUUGCACACGUGCGGGGAGACUUCACACCCAGCUGGGUUCACACCGUAGAUGGGAUGCCAAACUGCCAAGACGUCGCGACCAAGCAAAGAUGUGAGAUGCUGGUUCAAGCAUGGACUGAACUUGUGUCACAAGAAACCCAUCGGCCUAAGGUUUUCACAAGAAAUUCACAAGAAACCCGUCGGCCUCAGAAAUAAGAACAGUGAUGUGAUAAUGGGAUCUGGAGAAUCUUUAGCCAGCUAUAGGCCGAGACAAAUUAUUUUCUUUUCAUCAUGUUUGAUUACAUCACCGUGUGUUUUUGCGGUUACUACUUCGAAGAGGCAGCAUCAUCUGUGGGAGAUUCAGAACCCGCGACUACUUCCGCCUGGAGCAGUGAGUCCCCAUGCUUGGAGCCGCUGGCCGACUCCGUAGCCUGGCUAGUGCUAUCUUUCCCAACUUCUGAUCUCGAAUCGCUGGAGUCACUUGAUAGAGAUUUCAGAUCCCAGGUGGAACUUUCUUGAUCAUG